GGGUGCAGCUGAGGGUACAAAGGCACUACGCCCCUCCCAGCAGUGUGGCAACACCUGCAAGGACAGCCCAGGUGCCGGCCACCAAGACUGAAAAGAUGCCAGCAACACGGAGACGAAAAGAUGGCCAUGCUCGAGAGGACACAAGAGCUGCUGCUGGGAUCUCCAAGCCAGGAGGGAGGCAGCAGAAGGAAGCCACCUGGAACCUUCACUGGGACCCAGACGCAGCCCACCAGCAGGGGCCUGGCUCACCCCACAGCACUGGCAGAGAUUCUGCCAGAGAGGCAGUCAGCCCCGCACAGAGCGCAUCUCUUGCCAUGUCAGGGCCAACCAAUGCUGAGCCAGCAGAUUCUGCGCAGGUUGCAGGUCCUGCCAGUGAGGGGGACAAGAAUCCUAUGGGUGCAUCAGCACCCAGAGAUGCUAAAUCGCCUUCUCCCCUGGCUGCUGCUAUGCCCGGCCCUUCCACAAGCAGCCAGAAAAGACCGCCGACAUUGAAAGACCGGGUCAAGAUCAACUGGGAUAUCUAUGGGUGCUCCUCCUUUCGGCCAGCAAUGCAGAUCAUUCCGAGCGGGGAGAGGGAAGGCUGCCAGUUGUCCCGGUGGAACGAGUCCUGGCCGAGCAGCGUGAAGGUUCCGAGGUUGCGAAGGAUCUGGGCAGCAGACGACGGUGACACAGCUGACAGCACUGCAGCCAGUGCAUCGGGCAGGCAGGAGGUGGCAGUGAGGACUGCGGGCCAGCGCCUUCCCUACUUUUGCUCCACAACGAGUAAGACCAUUCUGCAGGACAUUCAGGAAGAGUGGGAAGAGAGCCCCAGGAUAGAAGCUGUGGCAGAAGCAGACGACGUCCUGCCCAGCACGUCUCCUGCCCCAUCUGGUGAGGCAGAUGCCAGGCCUUCAGCUGCUCCUAUGGCCGCAGUUCCUGGGCCCGAGGAGCUCCCCCCGGCCUGCAUGCCCAAAGAGGGAAAAGCUUCAGCCUCUCCCCUGGCUGCUGCUGUGCCCGGCCCUUCCACAAGCAGCCAGAAAAGACCGCCGACAUUGAAAGACCGGGUCAAGAUCAACUGGGAUAUCUAUGGGUGCUCCUCCUUUCGGCCAGCAAUGCAGAUCAUUCCGAGCGGGGAGAGGGAAGGCUGCCAGUUGUCCCGGUGGAACGAGUCCUGGCCGAGCAGCGUGAAGGUUCCGAGGUUGCGAAGGAUCUGGGCAGCAGACGACGGUGACACAGCUGACAGCACUGCAGCCAGUGCAUCGGGCAGGCAGGAGGUGGCAGUGAGGACUGCGGGCCAGCGCCUUCCCUACUUUUGCUCCACAACGAGUAAGACCAUUCUGCAGGACAUUCAGGAAGAGUGGGAAGAGAGCCCCAGGAUAGAAGCUGUGGCAGAAGCAGACGACGUCCUGCCCGGCACGUCUCCUGCCCCAUCUGGUGAGGCAGAUGCCAGGCCUUCAGCUGCUCCUAUGGCCGCAGUUCCUGGGCCCGAGGAGCUCCCCCCUGCCUGCAUGCCCAAAGAGGGAAAAGCUUCAGCCUCUCCCCUGGCUGCGCACCCUGUGUUGGAGGCCAGGACAGCACCUCUCACCCCAUCAGCAUGUGAGGAAGAAGAAGCAGCACCUUCUCCCCUGGCUGGGGGCCUUCUGCAAGAGGUAAGCAAGGUAUACCUUCCUCGUCCCACAGUCAUGGAAGCCACAGACCCCUGUCGGUGGGCCUCGAGGCCCCUCAUCCCUUAUCCAUCUGGCAUCGGGGGCAUCGGGGCCCGGAGCAUGGCCAAACAGUGGCCCACAGGGCUGUGGUUUUCUCUCCCCAUGCAGGUUUCCUCCGAGCAUAGAAGCAGUGCACAGUGUUCCUCACACUUCCAAUCGGUGCCAGAGGAAGGGCCAGGCACCGCUGCCCUCCCGCACGCUGUGGCUCGCUCGCAAUUGCCCCCCCUCUUCAGGAGAGCACUUCGGGCUCUCCGCAGGAGUUACUGCUUCAGCUGCAUCACAGAAGACCUAGAGCAACGUGAGGCUGACAGUACCAGGGAGCUCCCCACAGAUGGCAGCUUCGGUCCCGAGGACGGGGCUUCUGAAUAAAAUUGUUCAGGACUAUUU